AUGUUCCAAACAAAGAAACCCUAUUCGGCCGUGACAGCCACGAUUGAGAACCUGACGACGGAAGACUUCGCCGAGGACGACCUCUCGGGCAUCGUCGAGCUGAUCGAGGCCAUUUCGCUGCAACCCGGGGGCCCGACCGAGGCGGCGCGCGCGAUCCGCAAGAAGCUCAAGUACGGCAGCCCGCACCGGCAGCUGCGCGCGCUGGCGCUGCUCGACGGGCUGAUGGAGAACGCGGGGCCGCGCUUCCAGCGCUCGUUUGCGGACGAGCCGCUGCUGGAGCGCCUGCGCGUGUGCGGCGCCCCGGCGACGACGACGGACGACCAGGCUGCCGUCCGCGACAAGUGCCGGGAGCUGUUUGCGCAGUGGCGCCGCUACGCGGGCACGCCCGGCAUGGAGAAGAUCGCGCGGCUGCACAAGGUAAAAAAAAAGAUCCAACAAAACAAGUGGUGGUGGUUCUGGCGAGAGAUACCCGUCACGCAGGAACAGUCCAAGGUCAUCCGCGAAACCGAGGCGAAUCCCUUUGGAGACGACGAAGAAGAGGAAGCCACCCGCCGCGCCGCCGCCGCCGCUGCCGCAUCCUCCCCCAGCGAAUCCUCCUCCCACAAGCACGCCCGGACCGCCUCUCUCGGCGGCGGCGGCGGCUUCUUCUCCUCCUCCCGCAGCAGCAAAGACUCGACAGCGGGCAGGAAAAAAAGCAGCAGCGGCAAGCGGGGCGGCCGCCGGUUCAACCUCGAAGCCGAAAAGGAGCAAAUCUACGCCGUCAUCGCCGACGCCUCGCUGGCGAGCGCCGAGCUGCUCCAGGGCCUGCAGAGCGUGGACCGCGAGCGCGAGCGCGUCUCGGCCAACCAGGCGACUGUGCAGCGCUUCGAGGCGUGCAAGCAGCUGCGGCGGCGCGUGUUGCGUUAUAUUCCAAACGUCGUCGGACACGAAGCGCUGCUCAAGUCCCUGCUAGCCGCCAACGAUAUGCUCGUGCACGCGCUCAUGACGUUUGAGCAGCUCGACCACUCCAUUGACGCCGACAGCGACUCGGACGACGAGAUUGCCGAGCAGGCGCAUCUCUACCACAUGGUCAGCGGACACAAAGGCAACGACCCGGCCACCCACGACCUGCCCGCCGCCGUGGACCGGCUCACCGUCAACAAGCCCGACGCCACCACGGCGCGCACACCACCACCACCACGGCCGCCGGCCAUCUCGCCCAAGGCGCCGCGCCGACCGACCGUGGUCGCGCCGGGCGAUGACUUGGAGAGCGCGUCCGAAGACGAGGACGAGGAUGACGAUCCGUUUGGGGACAGCCACGUUGUCGGCACGCCGGCUGCGGUGGAGAGGCACGAGCCGCGCUGGUGA